UCGUCGGCGCUGUCGGUGCCGAUGAAGGCGACGUCGGAGGGGGCGUGGCAGGGGGACAGCCCGCUGCACUUCGCGCUGCCGCUCAUCACCCUGCAGGUCUGCCUCGUCCUCGUCCUCACCCGCGGCCUCGCCGUCGUGCUCCGCCCGCUCCGACAGCCGCGCGUCAUCGCCGAGAUCAUCAGCGGCAUCCUCCUCGGCCCGUCGGCGCUCGGCCGGAGCAAGGUCUUCCUCAACCACGUCUUCCCGCCGGAGAGCCUCACCGUGCUCAACACGCUCGCCAACAUCGGCCUGCUCUUCUUCCUCUUCCUCGUCGGCCUCGAGCUCGACCCGGCCUCGCUCCGGCGCACGGGCCGCAGCGCGCUCGCCAUCGUCGUGGCCGGCAUCUCCCUCCCCUUCGCGUUCGGCGUCGGCUCCUCCCUCGCCCUGCGCGCCGCCAUCGCGCCCGACGCGCCGCGCGGCCCGCUCAUCGUCUUCAUGGGCGUCGCGCUCUCCAUCACCGCGUUCCCAGUGCUCGCCCGCAUCCUCGCCGAGCUCAAGCUCCUGACCACCGACCUGGGCCGCAUGGCCAUGUCGGCCGCGGCUGUCAACGACAUCACGGCGUGGAUACUCCUCGCGCUGGCCAUUGCGCUGUCAGGCUCCGGGUCGCCGUUCGUGUCCAUCUACGUCCUCCUCUGCGCCGUCGGCUUCGUCGUCGCCGCCAUCUUCCUCGUGCCGCCGGUGCUCGUCUACAUGGCGCGCCGGUCCCCCGCCGGCGAGCCUGUGAAGGAGUCGUUCAUCUGCUCGACGGUGGUCAUCGUUCUCGCCGCCGGCCUGACCACAGACGCCAUCGGCAUCCACGCGCUGUUCGGUGGGUUCGUCAUCGGCGUCCUGAUCCCGAAGGAAGGAGCCUACUCCGACGCGCUCACGGAGAAGAUGGAGGACCUGGUGUCGUCUCUGUUCCUGCCCCUCUACUUCGCGUCGAGCGGGCUCAAGACCAACGUGGCCACCAUCACGGGGGCCAAGUCGUGGGGCUUCCUGGUGCUGGUGAUCACGACGGCCUGCGCCGGCAAGAUCGGCGGCACGGUGGCGGCGGCGCUGCUGAUGCGCGUGCCGGCGCGCGAGGCGCUCGCGCUGGGGCUGCUGAUGAACACCAAGGGGCUCGUGGAGCUCAUCGUGCUCAACAUCGGGCACGACCGCAAGGUGCUCAACGAGGAGGCGUUCGCCAUCCUGGUGCUCAUGGCGCUCCUCACCACCUUCAUGACCACCCCGGCGGUGACCGCGGUGUACCAGCCGGCGCGGCGCGGGCGCGGAGCGUCGUCGUACAGGCACCGGACCGUGGAGCGGCCGGACGCCGACAGCGAGCUGCGGGUGCUGGCGUGCUUCCACGCCAGCCGCGGCAUCCCGACGCUGAUCAACCUGGUGGAGGCGUCGCGCGGCACGCGGCGGAGCAAGCUGACCAUGUACGCGAUGCACCUGGUGGAGCUCUCGGAGCGGUCGUCGGCCAUCUCCAUGGUGCAGCGCGCGCGCCGGAACGGGCUGCCCUUCUCGAGCCGGCGCGGGCGCGACGGCGGCGGGGAGGUGGUGGUGGCGUUCGAGGCGUUCCAGCGGCUGAGCGCCGUGCAGGAGUCGCGGCAGCACAGCGGCACGUGAGGGUUUAGCUAGCUUGCUUGUGGCUGCUAGUACGUAUAGUAGUAGUGAACCUGCAGUGAUGAUGUACAUACGCGCAGAUUAAAAAGGCAGGAAAAGAAGUAUAGUAGUAGAGCAUAGCGUACACGGUACACAGAUAUAGAUAAACGUAUACAGAACUGAUAGGUUAAGGUAGCAUCGGGGUUUCUUAAAGAAAGCUGCUCCUCCUCGCUUGUCCGCA